CCGGUAUAAAGCGCGGGGCUCGCGCGGCGGGAGCGCGUGGAUGAAGUAGAACCCCGCGUGCUGCAGGACCAUGGAGAGCUCCGUAUGGACGCGGGCGGCCGCGUGCGCCCUGCUGCUGCUUAUCUCGUGCGCUGCAGAAACCCGACAGCAGGACCAAGACCAGUACCCGGAUCAGGACCCGGACCGGGACACCCGAGCCCUGAGAGACUUCUAUCCCAAAGACCCGAACCUCACCAACCAGAAGGAGCUGCUCGGUGCUCUGCAGGAGGUUCUGGAGAAGUUGCAGAGUAAACGAAUCUCACUCUGGGAGAAGAAGUUCGGACGGGUUCCCACGUGUGACGUUGGUGAGCAGUGUGCCAUCAGAAAAGGAGCUCGGAUCGGGAAGAUGUGCGACUGUCCUCGAGGAGCCGUCUGUAACUUCUUUCUUCUGAAGUGCUUGUAAUGGUCAUCAUCCACUGGAGUCAAUUUCACAUCUAGAACUCCACCCACAUUUCUACUGCCAGUCCUUUUUUCAUGCCUACAUGGACACGUGUUGUCAUGAAUGGUUGAAUGUGAACAAUUGUUACAGUUCUUUGCUGCUUUUGAUGUAUACAUGUAAGUAAAUCUGAAUAAAGUGUGUUAAAUCUUGUUUUCUAA